GUCCACGGGAGCUUUCGAAUGCUCCCGGAGCACAAAAUGCCGGAUAGGGCUUCCGCCAUCGGUCUCGCGUGCCACGGAAUAUGCCGAUCUGCGUUCCUUCUUCGGUCUGGCUGCUUCCGGCGACCACUCCGAUUUCUUCGGCGCCUCCGAUAAAGGCUGGGACAGGGCAAUGGCUAGGGGGCUGCAGAUUCACCGCAGGAAAGAAGAGGAAGUGUUUUUCCACGUGUUCGGUCGCCACCAACAACGAUGUCGGAUCCGAGGUGGAAUUCCCUCGAGACUACUUCGAGCUCCUUAAGCAGGCGAAGGAAGCAACUGAAGUGGCUCUGAGAGAUGGCAAACAAUUGCUGGAAAUCGAGUUCCCUACUGCUGGCCUAGAAUCAGUACCAGGUGACGGUGAGGGAGGGAUUGAAAUGACAGAAAGCAUGCAGUUGAUAAGAGGCUUUUGCGAUCGCCUGAUAACUCCUGAAAAGGCAGCACGAACUAGAGUGUUCUUCCCAGAGGCAAAUGAAGUUGACUUUGCAAGAAAAUCAGCUUUUGAGGGAACCACAUUGAAGCUUGACUACCUGACUAAGCCAUCGUUUUUUGAGGAUUUUGGUUUCGUGACCAAAAUCCAAAUGAUAGAACGGGUGAAGCCAGAUGAUGAAAUUUUCUUGGUUGCAUAUCCCUAUUUCAACGUUAAUGAAAUGCUUGUGGUGGAAGAAUUGUACAACGAAGCUGUCCUAAAUACUGGAAGAAAGUUAAUAAUCUUCAAUGGAGAGCUUGAUCGGAUAAGAAGUGGAUAUUAUCCACAGUUCUUCUACCCCAAGUUGGCUGCACUUUCCAAGACAUUCCUUCCUAAGAUGGAGACAGUAUAUUACAUUCACAACUUUAAAGGACUUAAAGGAGGAACACUUUUCAGGUCGUAUCCUGGCCCAUGGAAGGUACUGAGAAGAAUAGGCAAUAAAUACAUGAGUUUGCAUCAACAAGAAGAAAUGCCAUCACUUAAGGAAGUUGCACUCAACAUUCUUCCAUCAGCAUAAUCUCCAUGACUAUACUAAAGAUUCAACUAUACCCAUACAAAAGUUCUAUUCAUCGUUUGGUUGCAGAAAUGUGUCCGAUGCAAUCUCCAGGAGUCUCGAGUUCCUUGGCAAUAUGACUCCAGUAGCGUCGGCUUGAGAAAUUUGUAGUUCUGCGUUAGCUUUAAUUUGUGUUUUCUAUGUCGAAUGUAUCUCUUCGAAUUCCAGUGAGCAAGUUAAUCAUAUUCCUACUUACCAGAUCAGAUUUCUUUUA